GGGGGCCUUCCUAUAAGAUAUGCCACCAUCGCCAGACCUAGGCUAUAGCGGUCCCCCCAAAGCCCGCCAACUGCUGCGUCUUCGCUGUUCUUAAUCUUUCCGGAUGGUCCACGACAACAGUGGCAGCGCCUCCAUGCCAUGGCGGGUACCACAGCGUACGACCCAGAGAACAAAGGCCCGGCCCUGCUGGCGGUGAUGUGGACCCUGACGAGCCUUGCGACCGUGCUGGUCUGCGCGCGCCUGGUGAUCCGUACGAAGAUUAUCCGUGCCUUCGGGCUGGACGACUGGCUGAUUGCUUCUUCAAUGAUCUUAGGGCUAUGCAACGUCAGCCUCGCGACCGUCGCCGUGACCCAAGGUCUCGGCAAGCACGCCGCCACGAUCGGCCCCUCCGCCGCCGAACGAGCGAACCUGACCAUCGAUCUCGGCUGGAUCUUCGGGAUCCUCGCCUUCGCGCUGCCCAAACUAGGCGUGGCCGCCCUGCUGCACCGGAUCCUGGUUCCUGGGGUUCGCAUGCGGUGUGCGCUCUGGGGGCUGACGGGGAUGGUGAUGGCCGUCGCGGUGGGGAAUAUUUUGGUACUAUUUACCCAGUGCGAUCCGCCGCGCGCGCUGUGGGCGACGGUCGAGGGGGCGCGCUGUCGCAGUUCGAGGGUCAUCAUCGGGGUUGCCACGUUUAAUGGGGCAUUGUCAGCCUUCACCGACCUCAGCCUGGCGAUCUACCCGAGCGUGAUCCUGUGGCGAUUACAGAUGUCCCUGCAUAAGAAGCUCGCUUUGUGCGCGGCGUUAGGGCUCGGCGCUAUCUCCGCCUGCGCCGCCAUCAUCAAAACCACGCACCUCGACGCCCUCGGCGACGUUGCUGAUUCCACAUACGAAAGCUGCCCCCUCGUCCUCUGGACCAACGCAGAAGCAAACCUCGUCAUCAUCGCCUCCUGCAUCCCCACCCUCCAGCCCCUCCUGGAUUUCAUCCUGGGCAAACGCUCCUCCGCCUGCCGAUCCUACAGCCUCCCGCGCUCGUACCCGACCCCGGUGCCUUCGUAUGGACCCGGAUCCGCGAGAAAGGGGCGUCAUCAGUUGACGGAAGGGAGUGUGACACGAGCAGACAGCCAGGAGGAGAUCUGGUCCGGGGAUGAGGAGGUGGAGACGGUGCGGCCGGGGCGCGGGCGGGGACGGGGCAGGAAGUGGGAGAUUCAUCGGACGGAUCAGAUUGUGGUCGAGUUUGAGAUGGGGGGUGGGCGGGGGCGGUAGGUUGAUUGAUUGAGAAAAAAAAGUGAUGCGCUUGUCUGGGUGGGAGGUUCGAGCAAUCGGAUGGUGUUUCUGGUGGUUCUGGAGAUAGGUCUUC